AGAAUCAUAUUCGAGUACCUUGGAGACAUUUUGGCAAUAGCAAUUUUUAUUGUCGGCGUUUUGUGUGCGAAUUUUUUUUUUAAUAUGGCAGAGAGAUAUAAUAUUCAUAGUCAGAUUGAACAUUUGCAGUCCAAAUAUAUCGGUACAGGUCACGCCGAUUCUACUCAAUGGGAAUGGGUCACUAAUCACCACCGUGACUCUUAUGCAUCUUACGUUGGACAUCACGAUUUGCUUUCCUAUUUUUCUGUUAUCGAAAACGAAUCAAAGGCCCGAAUAAAGUUUAACUAUAUGGAAAAAAUGCUUCAACCAUGUGGACCACCACCAGAACGCCCUGAGGAAUGA